GGCGCCCCAGGCCUGCGCCCUCGGUGACCCUAGCCUGGGCGCGCCUGGGAGGCCCGGUGGGAGGGACCUACUGAGUUCCCAGUCCCGCACCUCGGGGGCCCCGCUGCUUCCGCCAGUCCGUGGGGCGUCCCAGGGAAGCCUGGACGCCUUGCCUUGGGAUCUGAGCAGCCGGUGAAUUCCUCUUCUCAUCCUGCCAAUACCCCGGCUGGUGUGGCGACAAUGCAAUUGGCUCCUUUCCCUACUUGGGAGGAAAGCAGUGAUCCCUAGGAUGGCGACCCUCUGGGCAUCGCAGCCCACACUCCUGGCAGAAGAAACCAUGAUGUUGGAAGGAGGCCAGGUCAGCUUUCUUCUGCCCGCCACAGGGGAUCUCCUUAGGGUGUCCCGGAGCAGAGAGGUCCCCAGGGGCAGAGCUGAGAGGAAUGAGCCCCUACUGGCUGCUCCCUCUACAGGGUCUCAGAGACUCAAGGACACUGCACAGACAGGGAAACUGAGGCCUGUGGAAUGGGAAUGGUUGGCUCCCGGCCACCCAGGAAGACCCCGCCUCUUCCGGAAUCUUCUGCUCUUGCUGUGGACCCUCCUGAGCUGUGAUUUGAGGGGUACUGCUCAGGGGCCCGGGGAAUGGACGCCCUGGGGGUCUUGGAGCAGGUGUUCCAGCUCUUGUGGCCGGGGCGUUUCGGUGCGCAGCCGCCCUUGUGUCCGACUUCCCGGGGAGGAACCUUGCUGGGGAGACAGCCAUGAAUACCGAGUGUGCCAGCUGCCGGACUGCCCACCAGGGGCAAAACCCUUCCGAGACCUGCAGUGUGCUCUCUACAAUGGCCAUCCCGUCCUGGGCAGCCAGAAGACCUAUCAGUGGGUGCCCUUCCACGGGGCACCCAACCUGUGUGACCUCAACUGCCUGGCUGAGGGCCAUGCCUUCUACCAUAGCUUCGGGCGCGUGCUGGAUGGCACCCCUUGCACCCCGGGGGCCCAGGGCCUCUGCAUAGCAGGCCGUUGUCUGAGCGCCGGCUGUGACGGGCUGCUGGGCUCCGGCGCCGUCGAGGACCGCUGCGGCCUCUGCGGUGGCGCCAACGACUCGUGCCUCUUCGUGCAGCGCGUGUUUCGCGACGCGGGUGCCUUCGCCGGCUACUGGAACGUGACUCUGAUCCCCGAGGGCGCCAGGCACAUCCGCGUGGCCCAGAGCAGCCACAACCACCUGGCGUUAGUGGCACGCGACGGCCGCUACGUGAUCAACGGCGACGGGGUGCUCAGCCCACCUGGCACCUACGAGGUCGCGGGUACCCGCGUGGUCUACACCCGCGGCGUGGGCCCCGAGGAGACCCUGCAGGCGUCCGGACCCACCUCCCAGGAGCUGUUGUUGCAGGUGCUGCUGCGGGAGCCCAACCCAGGAGUGCACUUCGAGUUCUGGCUGCCCCGGGAGCGCUAUGGUCCCUUCCAGUCUCAGGCGCAGGCCCUGGGCUGGCCCCUGCGACAGCCUCAACCUCGGGAGGUGGAGCCUCAACCUGCGGAGACCCCUGUGGUCCCCGAGGCCAUUCCUGCCAGGGUGGCAUCCCUGACACCAGACCCCUGCGGGCCUUGCCCUGACAGCCGGGGUCGCGCACACCGGCUUCUCCACUUCUGCGGCAGCGACUUUGUAUUUCAGGCACGCGUGCUGGGCCGCCACCGCCAGGCCCAAGAGACCCGCUAUGAGGUGCGUAUUCUUCUCAUCUACAAAAACCGCUCUCCGCUGCGCACUCGAGAGUAUGUGUGGGCGCCCGGCCACUGUCCUUGCCCAUCACUGGCUCCCCAUCGAGAGUACCUGUUGGCUGCCAGGCGACUGGUCAGCCCUGAUGGUACACAGGACCGGCUACUGCUGCCCCACGCUGGCUAUGCUCGGCUCUGGAGUCCUGCAGAGGAGAGCCGAGUUCUCCUGGCUGCCCGGCGCUGUCCAGUAUAAACUCCCGGAGGUCGGAGCCUCACCAGGUGUCCCCCUGACUCAGUGACUCAGGAAAAUCUCCCGCCAGCCAGGAUUAUUUCGAGACAGGUUCUCACUGUGUAUAUAAUCUUGGCUGCAUAGACCAGGCCGGCCUCGAACUCACAGAGUUCCACCUGCCUCUGCCUCCCCAGUGCUAGGAUUAAAGGCCUGCCUGCGUCCUAUCUAAGAACUUUA